UUUUUAAAAAAAACUUUUUUUUUGUAACUAUUAUUUUUUUUACCUUUUUAUUUUAAAAACAUAAUAUAACUUGACAAUAUUUUGUUUCCUUUUUUAGAAGAUAUCAAAUUUGAAAUAAUGAAAUCCUAUUGGUUGGUGAACCUAGAGGUUCACCUUAGGGGGUGAACCCAAGAAUUACUCAUAAUAAAAACAUUCCCACACUUUAUGAUAUAUUUUUCUUGUUUGACAUGUGAUUUUUGGAAGAUCUCUUUGUCGGUAAGUCUCGUAUUUGGUGUGUUCUAAUUUUUCGUUUGUAUGAGUGGUGUCUCAAAAAAAAUGUCAAUGAAAACAAGACUGUUAAAAAUAAGUCAUGUAGUAUGAAAAUAAAAAAUAAAUAUUUUCACAACAUAACUAAGAACAAACCAUGCAUAACACAAAUAACCAAUACUAUAAAAUGCAUUUGUCUAUGUAAACACACCAAACGAUGAUAUAAUAGUGUCUCAUCGAAAUUCAUUGUUGAAAAUUUCUAUAAAUUUUUUUGUACAUUAGAAGAAAAAACUUUUUGAAAAACUAUAUUGUGCAAAUUCUUAAUAAUCAACAAUAAUCUAUAGAAAUCAAUACAAAAUAUUUGAUACAAAUUAGGAAACAUUUGUGAAAUCUACUAAACUUUUAAAAAUCUGUCAACUUCUAAAGUCACUCAACUCUUUCCAAAUUCUGGUUCCAAUAACCCCCCUUAAUGAGUCUUUUGAUUUGGGACAGAUUUUUGAACCGGGUUUUCUACAUUUAUUUUUUGUUCCAAAAUGAUAGAUUUUCUAAAAUUUUAAGGUACUUUUAGUAAAUAAUGUUGAAAAAUUGUAUACUUUUAAGAAACAUUAAUUGAAAAUAUUUGAAUUGGUUGAAUACUAUUGGUUGAUAUUUAUUGGAAAAUGUAUAGAAAAUAAAUAAUAAAUUCAAUUGUAAAAUUUUGAUUUGGGACAGAUUUUUGAACCGGGUUUGAAGUGGGAUAGAAGACUGGAUGGGAUUAUGGUUAUUAUGAACCGUUUAAUUUUUUGUACUUUACAUGUUUUUAUUUGAAAACAAAAAAAAUUGAAAUAUUUAUCCAAUGAAAACAAAAAGUGAAAACGGAAUUUCCUUUUUCUUUGACCAAACUAAGCCGGAGAAGGAAAACACCAAAACUGAGCAGGAGCAGGAAAAAAAAACCUAAAGAAUGCUCUCUAUAUAAAGAGAUUAUAAUUUGCUUUUACAAAAACAAAAGUUUCACUCGAGGCUCCUUGGUUUUGAAAAAAAAAAGCUUGAAAUAUGAGAAUCCUCCGCAGGGAUUUUGUUCGUGAUGGACCAGGAAGCGCUAAACUGAUGGCAGAGGACUCGGAUGAUCUCUGGUUUACUUAUAACUUGAUUGCCCCCGGCGAUAGUGUAAUGGCUGUCACAUCGAGAAAGGUUCUGAGAGAGAGAGGAAAUUCUAAACGUGUAGACUCUGAACGUGUUGACUCUAAACGUGAAGACUCUGACUCUGAUCAACGUGUUGACUCCAAAAAACCUGUAGGCUCUAAAAAACGUGGUGACUCUAAAAAUCGUUUAGACGCUGAGCUUGACGACUCUAAACCUCUAGUGUCUGAACGUCUGACACUGAAGCUAGAAGUACAAGUUGAGGAGGUAAACUAUGACAAAGACGGUGGUGUUUUGCGCAUACUUGGGACGAAUAUCCUUGAGAACGAGCACGUACCGCUUGGUGCAUACCAUAGUUUGGAGCUCGUGCUGAAACGACGUUUCCUAUUGAGGAAAAAAAUAUGGGACUCAAUGGCUAUUGAUACACUCAACCAGGCAAAACAUCAUAAUUCCAGUUCUGAUUUAGCUGUAGUUCUAAUGCAAGAAGGACAUGCACAAAUCUUCCUUGUCGGCAAAAGUGUGGGUGCACCAAUAGAAACAUCAAUUCCUAAUCGUAAGCAUGCUGGUUACGAGGCUGCGUUGAAGAAAUUCUUUGAGAACGUUGUGCGUGCCUUUGUGAAACACGUUGACUUCAAUGUCGUUCGGUGUGUAGUGAUCGCAAGUCCUGGCUUUACAAAGGAUCAGUUUCAUCGCCACUUGUUGUUGGAAGCAGAGAGAAGACAGUUGAAACCUAUUACUGAGAACAAAUCACGUAUACUUCUGGUGCAUGCAAACUCCGGAUAUAGGCAUAGCCUUGGAGAGGUUCUGAGUGACCCCAAAGUGAUGAAGAUGAUCCAAGAUACAAAAGCAUCGAAAGAGGUGAACGCUCUCAGGGAUUUCUUCACCAUGUUCGAAAAGGAUCCAUAUCGGGCAUGCUACGGACCGAAGCAAGUGGAGUUUGCUCAUGAACAAAAGGCAAUCCAAACACUUCUCAUUACAGAUGAGCUGUUCAAAAAUUCUGACGUGAAAGAAAGGAAGAAGUAUGUGGAUUUUGUGGAGUCGGUGAAAAAAUUAGGAGGAGAGGCUUUUAUAUUUUCUUCGAUGCAUGUUUCAGGUGAACAACUGGAAAUGCAUACUGGAAUUGCAGCUCUUCUCAGGUUCCCUUUACCAGGUCUCGAUGACGUUGAGAUGUAACGAUAUUCUCGAUUUUAGAAAACAAUAGGCCUAGUUAUAGUACUAGAAUAAGGGAGUUUGAUCUAGCUCGAAUUUUUUUUAAUUCUGUUUUACAAAAUUAGAUAUUAUAUUGAAACCGUUUCUGUUAUGGCUUAAAUUGAUUUGAAUUUGAUUCAUUCAGUUCUUGAGUUCCAAAUGUUUUCUCAUUUUGUGGACGAACAGUGCUUAGAGAUUCAAAAGAUUUGUUUACUUGAUACAAUCUCCAUGAUAUAUAACUAUGUUUUGGUUUCGCUCGCACGAUAUUGUUGAAAAAAAUAUUUUGAAAAUUAUCUAGUUUACAUAUAGAUACACCACUUUAUAAUACUGUAUUUAACUAAAUCAUAUAAGUAUAAUGGUUACUGGAAAUAACGUUUAUAACUAAAAUCAAACUAUAUUCCUUAUUUCAGUUUGGUGUAGGUCAGUUUAAUCAGAUUUUUGUCAUAUUAAAAAAUUUAAACACUAAAACCAAAAAAGAAAAGGAUAAGCGGAACCUACAAAUAAGUGGUGGAUGGUAUUGCACUUUGUCUUGGAAAAUAAUCUGAGAGACCCAUUUGCCUCUUAAAAUAAAUCUAAUGUCUUAGAACUGUUUUUACUUUUAUUUUUCUAUUGCUAAUUGGUUUAAGAGCACCAACCGACUCAUAAUGGGUUUAGAAAGUCCAAAUUCUAUUACAAAAAAAGAAACUCCAAAACCAAAACCAACUAAGUCUACAUCGAAUAGAAUCCAAAUACAUCAAAAAUAAAGUCCAAUACACUUAAGGACGUGGUUAGACCAUGGAUGGGCCAUGGUGGUCGAUCAUUUAUCUUCAUGGACCGAUAAGGUCUUUUUCAGCCAAAUUCUUCCUAGGCGCUUGUCCAUAACUUGAACAAAGUGUUGAAAUUCUUCAUGAUAAUCAUUGAGAUAUGCACAUAUUGUUGGCCCAGCCAAGGAAACAAGUAGAACGAGAUUAUCCUCUUUUUGGGCCGAAAGAAUCUUGUUUUGUCCAUCUUCAAUUCUAGUUUGAUCCGACACCUUCUUGACUUGAUUGGUAUGUUCCUCAAGCUCGCUUGCACGAGGAAACUGAUAUCCAUAGGUCAGACUGAGCUCAAACACGUUGCUCCUCAUCUCCUCUUUGUUUACGUCCCGUUGGUUGCACCUUUAUCUCCAUGCGAAAGUUCUUCCAGUUCACCCGUCGAUGAUUCAAUCAGCUCGUCCUCACCAAAGUCGUCCAGUUGGUUGCAGCUUUCUUGUUCAAGUUGUUUCCAAGCCGUAUCAAGAUUCAUUUCUCUAUCUUGGUUCGGAACCUCAUGAUCAUCCCAAUAAGACUUUGAAACCAUCCUUUUAGCUUAGCUAAUCCCUUCACUGGACUCCACUACAAGAAAACAUAUUUUUUACGAGGGAAAUACACAUUGUAAAUUCGUCAUUGUAAAUUCGUCGUAAACGGUGUGUUACGACGAAUUAACCUCGAAAGACAUUUCGUCGUAAAACGUCCGUCGUAACGGAGGUUUCCUCGUAAACGACUUGUAAUAUAAAUUUGAAUUUAUUUAAAAUUCAGAAUUUAAAAUAAUUUUAAUUUUAAAACGAAAUAUGAAAA